CGUGGACUCGACCAUUCUUGGGCCUGUCAUCCAAUGAUUGGGAAGUAGUCUGGGCCCAUGUCCUUGCCAUGUCGUCCACAGCCACUGCCUCGAGUAUAUUGAAUUGACGAGGCCACGAGAUUCCCAUGGCCCGUUGCGCCACGGCAUGGUCGUCAAUCGGGGUUCGCCGGCCAGCACGUGUCCUGUUCGGAUGGUGGAGGUUCGAGGGGCAGGGUGUCUGGCCUGCGUUCUCGCUGCUAUUCGCCGGGGCCUGGUCUGACCUGCGCAAACCAUCUCCACGACGGACCGUUCGUCUCAACUUUCCUGUCCUGUAGGAUCGGCGUGGUCUGCGCUCUCAGCAGGGGAAAGGGGUGGAAAUCUCACCCUAAGCGAUCCUCCUUUACAUGCGCCUAUUACCAUUUUGAUCGAUUAUUGCCAAACAGUCUUUUAAAUGGUUUCCUUAUUCAGACCCUGUCACAAGUGCUGCAUUGCGCUGCUCUCUCUGUUAGGCAUCAUCAGUUCUUCCCAUAUCGUACUAGCAUCUGGGGUCUUCAAUCUGUCACAUUACCCUUCCGCAAUAAAAUGGGAUGCUAAGUUGUCGGAACUUUUAUGCUCCACUUGUUUUAUUCUCAUUUGCUUUCUUUUCUUUUCUUCCUUUCCUUUUCCUCUCUUUUAAGAGCAAUCAAGGGGGGAGGAAGAAGAAAAAAAAUCAAGACACAUGAAGAUUCAAAUUGC